AGACCACAUUGUGUAGGUAUAAUUGCUAUGGACUUCCCUGGUCCAAAAGUCAUCCAAACAAUCAUCAACUUUAAUGGCAAAUUAGGGAAGGGGAUUGUAGCUGACUCAGGUAGCAAUGAAGAUGUUGCCUUGCCUGAUUCUGACAUGGAAGUUAAAGGUGGAGAAUCUUCAGCAGAAGGAGAAACUGGCGCUGCGGACGAGGACCAUCAGGCAGAAGGUGGAGAAAGUUCAGCAGGAGGAGAAACUGGCGCUGCGGACGAGGACCACCAGGCAGAAGGUGGAGAAAGUGCAGCAGGAGGAGAAACUGGCGCUGCGGACGAGGACCACCAGGCAGAAGGUGGAGAAAGUUCAGCAGGAGGAGAAACUGGCGCUGCGGACGAGGACCAUCAGGCAGAAGGUGGAGAAAGUUCAGCAGGAGGAGAAACUGGCGCUGCGGAAGAGGACCACCAGGCAGAAGGUGGAGAAAGUUCAGCAGGAGGAGAAACUGGCGCUGCGGAAGAGGACCACCAGGCAGAAGGUGGAGAAAGUGCAGCAGGAGGAGGAACUGGCGCUGCGGACGAGGACCACCAGGCAGAAGGUGGAGAAAGUGCAGCAGGAGGAGAAACUGGCGCUGCGGAAGAGGACCACCAGGCAGAAGGUGGAGAAAGUGCAGCAGAAGGUGGAGAAAGUGCAGCAGGAGGAGAAACUGGCGCUGCGGACGAGGACCACCAGGCAGAAGGUGGAGAAAGUGCAGCAGGAGGAGAAACUGGUGCUGCGGACGAGGACCACCAGGCAGAAGGUACAGAAGGUGGAGAAAGUUCAGCAGGAGGAGAAACUGGCGCUGCGGAAGAGGACCACCAGGCAGAAGGUGGAGAAAGUGCAGCAGGAGGAGAAACUGGCGCUGCGGACGAGGACCACCAGGCAGAAGGUGGAGAAAGUUCAGCAGGAGGAGAAACUGGCGCUGCGGAAGAGGACCACCAGGCAGAAGGUGGAGAAAGUUCAGCAGGAGGAGAAAACUGGCGCUGCGGACGAGGACCACCAGGCAGAAGUUUUCCAAAAAGAACUUCAAAGUUUGAUUCGUCUGCCCACUGAACAGUUUUCCACUUCGCCAGAGUCCAUUUUAAAUGAGCCUUGGCCCAGAGAAAACUACUGCGCUUCUGGAUGA